UUCAACCUCAAAAUACUCACCAAUUUAAAGCACUUUGAGCUUGCCUUCCCCACAUGGUUUUGACUUUACACCGGCUCUGAUGAUGCAAUUUUUGUCACAACCUUGCCACAUUUUUUGAAUCUGGGGUAGUAGCUUAGUCUUUUGGAUUGGCAGGCUCGAAUGUUCGAACAUUUAGCAGCAAGAUGAAGGCAAAGUGAGAAAAGAGAUGAACUUAAAGCAUUUGAAGCCAAUGGCGGAAGAAGAUAUCUAUACCAAAGAUGGAACAACUGAUUUCAGAGGCCAUCCUGCCAUCAAGAAGAAAACAGGAACUUGGAAAGCUUGCCCUUAUAUCCUUGGAAAUGAAUGUUGUGAAAGAUUGGCAUACUAUGGGAUCAACACUAAUCUAGUUAAUUAUCUCAAAUUUCAACUGAACAAUGUUACAAAUUGGUCAGGCACGUGCUAUGUCAUGCCAUUGCUUGGAGCUUUUCUAGCUGAUGCCUACUUGGGAAGAUAUUGGACAAUAGCUAGUUUCUCUAUCAUCUAUGUCGUUGGCAUGACAUUGUUAACAUUAUCAGCUUCUGUCCAUGGAUUAAAACCAUCUUGUGACCAUACGAAAGUCUGCCAUCCAACGGGGCUGCAAACUGCGGUCUUCUUUUUAGGCCUAUACCUUAUGGCUCUGGGUACAGGAGGGAUUAAGCCUUGCGUUUCGUCCUUUGGCGCGGAUCAAUUUGACGACUCUGAUGAGUCCGAGAAGAAAAAGAAGAGUUCUUUCUUCAACUGGUUCUAUUUUUCAAUAAACAUUGGGGCUCUUUUUGCUUCCUCUGUGCUUGUUUGGAUACAAACAAACGUUGGUUGGGGUUGGGGCUUUGGUAUCCCAGCUGUGGCAAUGGCCAUUGCGGUUGUAAGUUUCUUCUCAGGCACUAAGUUGUAUAGAAACCAGAGACCUGGAGGAAGUCCCUUGACACGUAUCUGCCAAGUGGUAGUUGCUUCAUUCAGGAAAUUCAGGGUAAAAGUUCCCCAUGAUGAGUCUCUUCUGUAUGAGAUUCUAGAUGAGGAAUCUGCUGUCAAAGGAAGCCGAAAGCUUGACCACACAAAACAAUUACGUUUCUUUGACAAGGCAGCUGUGGAGACUCCAUCAGACCGUGUCAAAGGUUCAGUAAACCCAUGGAGUCUAUGCACUGUGACUCAGGUUGAAGAGCUCAAGUCUAUAAUUAAGUUGCUUCCCAUAUGGGCAACUGGCAUAAUCUUUUCUGCUGUGUAUAGUCAAAUGGGAACUUUGUUUGUCCUGCAAGGCAACACCAUGGACCUUCACAUGAGCCAAUCCUUUGAGAUCCCUUCAGCCUCACUUUCCCUCUUUGACACUGUGAGCGUAAUCUUCUGGAUACCCAUUUAUGACAGAGUCAUUGUACCCAUAGCCAGAAGGUUCACAGGGCAUAAAAAUGGAUUCACCCAGCUCCAACGAAUGGCAAUUGGCCUCGUGAUAUCCAUCUUUGCAAUGUUGGUAGCUGGGAGUUUGGAGCAGGUGAGAAUCCACGAGGUUAAGAAGCACAACUACUACAAGCUCAAGCAUAUCCCAAUGUCUGUAUUUUGGCAGGUUCCUCAAUAUUUCAUCAUAGGAUGUGCAGAGGUUUUCACUUUCAUUGGGCAACUGGAGUUCUUUUAUGAGCAGGCACCUGAUGCCAUAAGAAGCCUGUGUUCUGCUCUAUCACUCACAACUGCUGCACUUGGGAACUACUUGAGUACACUCCUAGUAAAUAUUGUCAGUGAUGUGAGUACUAGAAAUGGCAGGCCUGGUUGGAUACCUGACAACUUGAAUUAUGGUCAUCUUCACUAUUUCUUCUGGCUUUUGGCCCUCCUAAGUUUGGUGAAUUUGGGAUUCUUCCUCUUGGUAGCAAGGUCAUACACUUACAAGAGAACAAUAGCAACUACUAUAUAGACAUUACGAAGAAUUGAACAAUCUUUUCAUGUGCAAGAUUUUCAGGACAAAAUUCCUGCAGACUACACUUGUUCUUCUGAAGAAUGCUAAUUUGGGCCGAUCAAUAACACCAACCCUAAGACAAUAAUGAGAUGUAAUGAAAUAAAAUAUUUGGUUUA